AUGUUAGAUAUUUUGAAACGACCGUUUAUGUGCUGUUAUGAGGAUUAUUCCAAAAAUUUAUCUUGGCUGGAACGGGUUGCAGUGAUUUUUGUGUUGUCGAGUAUUUCCACAACUAAUCUGUGGCUAUCAGAUUGUCACUAUCAGUCGCUCACACGUCAAAAUAUUGGGACCACCAAAGUUGUUUAUUUUGUUUUAGAUCAUAUAGUAGCGUUUUUUUUUUUGGUUAGUAGAUUUGCUAAAAUUAGAAGCACGUUGAAGAUGUCGGAUGCAAUUCAGGUUAGCUCUUUACCAUUACCUCCUAUGCAGUAUGUAAACCAAUACACGGAUGAGUUAAUAAGAAGGGGUAGAGCCCCAAAACCACCUCCCCCAAUUACGGAUACUUAUCAUAUGUUCGGCAAUGCCUUUAACACAGAAGAAAAUAUCAUAAGGCCUUUAGAAAGUCAAGGAAUUAAAAGGCUUUAUCCCCAACAUUUCGAUAGACGCAGAGAGUUAAAGAAAUUAAAUGCAUCACUCUUAGCAAACUUUUUAGAUCUUCUUGAUUUACUUGUAAAUUGUCCAGAUUCUCCUAGAAGAGCAGAAAAGGUGGAAGAUCUAAGUUUACUUUUCAUUCACAUACAUCAUCUGUUAAAUGAGUUUCGGCCACACCAAGCUCGCGAAACUUUAAGGGUUAUGAUGGAACUGCAGAAAAGGCAGAGGAUAGAAACAGCUAAUAGAUUUCAGAAACAUUUAGAUAGAGUGAUGGAAAUUCUUCAACAAGCAAUUCAAAGUCUACCUGAGCUCAUGGAGUUGGAUUCAAAAAUUAUAGUAGAAACCGAUUUUUUGGUAAAACAAGAAAAAAUGGAUAAAAGCGACUCAAGUAAUGAUCCAUGCUGUAUAAUGGAUAGAAUAAUGUGUAAUAUUGUUGACAACAUGCAGUGACAUUGUAUAAGAAUAGGGUAUUUUGCCAUAAUGUAUUUAUUGUAUAAACCUUUUAUAUAGUUUUGGCAAAUUCAGUAAGAGCAUACACAAUCGAAGGAAAAGUGUUAAACUAUUAGAUAUAUGUGCUAGUAUUUAAAGAAACUAUAAUAUACUAAGUUUUAUUACAGCUUUUUUAUGAAUUUGGAAAACAGAGAAAGGUUGUUGAUUUUGCAAUUUUAUCGGAAAAUCGGAAAUGUUUUGUGUGAGAUGUUAUUUUCUUCAGUUUAUAUGAAAAUACUGGAUCUAAAUAAAACUCAUCAGGGAAAAGUAAAUAAAUAUAUCAAUUAAG